AUGAGGUUUAAUGGUGGUGAUUUCAGCUUUGGAUACAUGUCUGAUGAGCACAGGCUUGCUCUACGUCCCCACAGGUUCGGGUCAGAUGAGUUGGAAGAGCUCUGCCUGCCGGUUGGAGCAGGUUGUUUGAGAGUCCCCACAUAUGCAAAGUUUCUGAAGGAUUUGUGCACGGUCAAGAGAGGGCUACAUGUGACAAAGAAUGCAUUUCUCACUGAGCAAGUAAGUGCUAUCAUUCAGAGUAAAUCUCCAGUCAAGUAUAAAGAUCCGGGUUGCCCCACCAUUGCAGUCAACAUUGGAGGAACACUGGUAGAGAAAGCUUUACUAGACUUGGGGGCGAGUGUGAAUUUGCUCCAUACUCUGUCCAAUUAUGUGCCAAUCAUCCUUGGGAGACCUUUCCUGGCUACCUCCAAUGCCGUCAUCAAUUGUAGAAAUGGGGUGAUGCAGCUCACAUUUGGAAACAUGACUUUGGAGUUAAACAUAUUCCAUCUUUGCAAGAGGCAUCUUCACCCAGAAGAGGAUGAAGGUCCAGAAGAGGUGUGCCUUAUCAACACCUUGGUUGAAGAGCAUUGUGACAAGAGCUUAGAAGAGACCUUGAAUGAAAGCCUUGAAGUUCUUGAAGAAGGGUUACCUGAACCCUCUGAUGUGCUAGCUACUAUGUCUCCAUGGAGGAGACGGGAAGAGAUCUUACCACUGUUCAAUAAGGAGGACUCACAAGGAGCAGCUAUGGAGGAUCCUCCAAAGCUUGUCUUGAAGCCCCUUCCUGUUAAUUUGAAGUAUGCAUAUUUAGAGGAAGAUGAGAAAUGUCCAGUGGUGGUCUCUUCAAAUCUCACAAGUGAUCAAGAGGAUAAUGGGUACUCGGGGUACUUCCAAAUAGAGAUUGAUUUGGAAGAUCAAGAAAAGACAACCUUUACAUGCCCUUUUGGUACUUUUGCGUAUAGGAGAAUGCCAUUUGGUUUAUGUAAUGCUCCUGCAACUUUCCAAAGAUGUAUGCUAAGCAUCUUCAGUGAUAUGGUAGAACGCAUCAUGGAAGUCUUCAUGGAUGACAUCACUGUUUAUGGAAGUUCUUUUGAGGAGUGUUUGUUACACUUAGAAGCAGUUCUCCAUAGUGACCAUUCCGCUUUGAAGUACUUGCUAACCAAGCAAGAUGCCAAGGCAAGAUUGGCAUGUGGAGGUCACUUUGCCUCCCAAAAGACAGCCAUGAAAGUGAUCCAAUCAGGGUUUUGGUGGCCCUCUCUUUUCAAGGAUGCCCACUCUAUGUGCAAGGGAUGUGAUCGGUGUCAAAGGCUUGGUAAGCUUACACGCCGAAAUAUGAUGCCCUUGAAUCCCAUCUUGAUAGUGGAUGUCUUUGAUGUUUGGGGGAUUGAUUUCAUGGGACCAUUUCCAAUGUCAUUUGGACAUUCCUACAUUUUGGUGGGAGUGGAUUAUGUCUCUAAGUGGGUGGAAGCAAUCCCAUGUAGGAGUAAUGAUCACAAGGUGGUUCUUAAAUUCCUCAAGGACAACAUCUUUGCAAGAUUUGGAGUCCCUAAGGCCAUUAUAAGUGAUGGAGGAACCCACUUUUGCAAUAAACCUUUUGAGGCUCUUCUAGCCAAAUAUGGGGUUAAGCACAAGGUAGCUACACCCUAUCACCCUCAAACAAGUGGCCAAGUUGAGUUAGCCAACCGGGAGAUCAAGAAUAUAUUGAUGAAGGUGGUGAAUGUUAAUAGGAAGGAUUGGUCUAUUAAGCUCCUAGAUUCCUUAUGGGCGUAUAGGACCGCUUAUAAGACCAUCCUUGGAAUGUCUCCUUAUCGCCUUGUUUAUGGCAAAGCGUGCCAUCUUCCAGUAUGCGAACCUGAUGCGAACCUGGUGCGAAUUCGUUUUUGCGCCAAUUUUCAAAAACACACUCUCUGUCAUGGAGAAUUACAGCCUAUCUCGAGGGACAUCUUCCCAGAGGACCAUAUUGAGGAGAGAGCUCCCACCAGAGAUGCUCUUAGUCGAUGUGGUGCUUCGCGCCAAUCUUUUUCCUCUCCAGCAUACAGUGCAGAGGCGAGGGGCCAUUUUGGAGGCAUUAUUUCGUAUCUAUGA